AUGUCGAAAACUUUGGCUUCAGCCUUUUCAAUGCUUUCCUCAGCGCCGCCGGCGGCCCUGCCCGAGAACGAAAGGCCGAGCUCGAAAAGGAUGCAACAAGACGGGCAGGGGAAAUAUCAGCUCUUUCCCAAGGGAAGGCAGUCGCCCGUCCCGAGCAACACCUCAUCGGUGGAUCCCGAUACCGCCUUUGCCCUCGCAAUGAACAGCAACAAGAAUUCCGAGAAGCUGGGUACGAUCCCGGCACUCAAGGUCAAGUUGAACCAACAGCCCAUUGCCCGGCGCCGCAAGGCCAACAACAUCCCGGACCUGGGCCCCAUGACGACAGUCCAGGAGGUGGCCAUGGACUCUCCCUUGCGAGAACGUGCUGGCACUGCCCCCCUGGACGAAUCAUCAAGAGAUCGUGCCGGCCCAUCGAGGCUCGGUAAAGCGACCUACACACCACCUAAGCAGAUAGAUGUGCAGAGACGGCCCGUGGGCUCUCAACCCCCUCGUCUACCUUCACCAAAGCGGCUGGCGCCCCUGGUCAUUCCCGAACCGCAGCAGCUUACCUUCUUGCACGAUGUCCAGCAACCCUCCCCUCCGCCAAUGCUUCUGCGGACCGACAGUGCGCCGCUGCUGGGAAAUGUCCCUAGCCAUUACUUGACCCCUAUCAGCAGCUCUACCGCUUCAGAUGCGAGUCGCCCUGCCAGCUCCGGAAGCGCAAUUGCCAACUCAGCCACUACGCUGCCGACCCCUGUCUCGGCCUCGGCAUUGGAACCCAGAUCGGCCACCACAAAGCAGUGGGAGGCCCCUUCUCGUACGCCGUUGAGCGCUACGCGGCCUGGCGAUGGCUCCUCAAGCCACAGGCGUCUUGCCUCGGACUCUCAGGGUGCUCAGGACAGAGGUAGGACAAAGAAGCGAGGCGAACAACACAAGAAGAGCAACUCACAUCCGGUCAAUCCACAUACGGGCAGAGGCGAGAAGAAGCGAUCCAAGAGUGCAGAGCAGCGUGCGUUUGAAGAGCUUCCUUCCGGUUGCAGACCACUGCAAGCCGUGAGCCAGAUGAGCGCCAACGACCUGGGGAUUCUUCGUCAACAGGCUCUUGGCCAGGCCGAGAGAUUCGAGGUGCUGCAGGUGGAGGAUGUUGAACGCCUAUCCAAGGAGCUCCGGAAGCUGGACGAACGGGUUGAGUACCUUCGCCGCACUUACAACUCCCUGAGAAACGGCCGUCGCAACUUUCACUCCCGCAUCUGCCAAUAUCUCCGAUCACCAAUGCGGGGAUCCCGGUUGAGCGCCGAGUCUAUGCUUCGACAGGAGGAGGCGCUGGCGGAGCUGGAUGCCUCGAUCGAUGGCUGGGUGAUCAAGCUCGAGCGGGCCGAGAACAGGCGCACCCGCGUCCGACAGAAGCUGCUCGAACACAUUGCUGCAGCCGCGAUCCUCAACAUCGCGGGAGAGACGCAAUCGCCCCUGCAGUCCGCGGCAUUGCCACCAUCCACGCCGCUGCGGCCGGCCUCACCGUUACAAGCCCGAGCCGUGCAGGACAUCACCACGCCGCCCCGAAGCCCCGACGAACCGACCAGCAGCCGCCCCGUGAGUGCUUCACCACCGCCGCUGCGGGUUGUGGCCCAGGUCCCCAGCAUGAUCCUGGAGCUCCCCGCUGAGGAGGUUGAAGGGCCAACCCAGGCCGAGCUGACACGGACGCCGACGAUGAAGAGCUCGGACGGCGAGAGCAUCCGCAUCUAUGCCGGCGAUGAGCUGUUUGCCCUGCUGACGGACGUUGAGGAUGAGAUCUUCCGGAUGAACAAUGUCACUCCCGAGUCUAGCAGCAGCCCCGAUUCCAGCACCGCCCCGGAAUUCGGCGCCACUCCCGAGCCCGUUGCCCUGCCCGUCGAAGGCCACCAGACUGAGUUCCUGCGAGUCGAACAGAAACAGUCGAGGAGCAACCUGAGGCUCAGCGCCCAACCCGAUUCUCCCACCCUUGCCGCGCCGCCGCUGAUGCUGAAGAGUACCUUUUACCGUCCAGCGACUCCCAACAACCCACCGCUUUCGCCGCCUGCCCCUGUGCCUCCUCUCAAGGACGUGCCCAAGGAUGGUGAAGUGUUUCUCACCAGUGCCGUCUUCAAGCCGAAAUGA